AAUUUGGUUUCCUUGCAUUGUUUGUUUCCACAAAAUAAUGAUGAAAAUCCAUUGAAAAUCGUUGAUCGGUGGUCAAGACAACGUUCACCAUGAAUGAAAUCGACGAUAAGUUCUACUACGUUUACAGUUCUUCACUGGACCACAAAGUUGAGAUAAAAAUAGGUACACUAGAAGGCAAGCGUACGAAGCCUGAAUAUGACAAGUUGCUGUCAGACCCGAUGCUCAAGUUCUCUGGGCUGUACCAGGAGGGAUGUUCCGAUUUGUAUGUGACGUGUCAGGUGCUCAGUGACGGUGUUCCUCUGGCGCUGCCUGUUACUACGUCCUACAAAGCGUUUACUAAUAGAUGGAACUGGAACGAGUGGGUGACCCUACCGGUAUUCUUCAGUGACCUACCUCGCAAUGCUAUACUUGCGAUGACUAUCUACGACUGCGCCGGCCCCGGCAAGGUCUUGAUAGUUGGUGGCACCACCAUCUCAUUGUUUGGAAAGCAUGGAAUGCUAAGACAGGGCAUGUUUGACCUGCGCGUGUGGCCGGGGGUGGAGGGGAGCGAGAAGACACCAGGGAAGGCUCCGGACAGGGGCAAGGAGCAAAUGCAGAGGCUCGCGAAGUUAGCGAAGAAACAUCGCAAUGGACAUAUGCCUAAGGUGGACUGGCUGGACAGGCUGACAUUCCGCGAGAUAGAGAUGAUCAACGAGAAGGAGAAGCGCUCGUCCGACUACAUGUACCUCAUGGUGGAGUUCCCCACCGUCCAGAUUGAUGGCAUCAACCACGCAGUGGUGUAUUAUGAGCAAGAUGGCGACGAGAUGUAUCAGUUCAGGGCGCAAGCUGAUAUCGUUACUGUACCAGACUACGAAAUCUUACAGGAGAACCUGAUCGAGAGCAAGCAGCACCGGCUGGCGCGGUCGCUGCGCUCCGUGGUGUCGGGCCGCGACGCCAAGCCGUCGGCGGCCGAGCGCGACCAGCUGGCCGCCAUCGUGGCCGCGCCGCCCGGCACGCCGCUGGCCGCCGGCGAGCAGGACCUGCUCUGGAAGUUCAGAUUCUACCUAUCUUCUCAUCGGCGCGCCCUCACGAAAUUCUUGGAAUGCGUCAAUUGGAAUAGACCAGGCGAGGUGCGCCAAGCGCUGGGCAUGAUGAAGCAAUGGGCGGCGAUGUUGGUAGAAGACGCGCUGGAGCUGCUGACGCCGCGGUUCACACACCCGGCGGUGAGGAAGUACGCGAUAUCCAGGCUGCAGCAGGCGCCCGACGAGGACCUGCUGCUGUAUCUGCUGCAGCUCGUGCAGGCGCUCAAGUACGAGAACUUCAACGAGAUACAUGAAGAGUACGCGCGCAUCGCGGGCAAGGAAGUGCCGAUGUGCGGCGAGGACGGGCGCCUGACUCGUAGCUCGCUGCCGCGCCGCGGGAGCCAGGCCAGCCUGCUGUCUGCUUCUGUACUAACUACAAGCGAGGCGAUGACGACAUCGAAGACCAGUCAUCGCUCCGACGCCAUCGAGGAGUCCGCCGCCGUCGUGGAGGACGCGGCGCCGCCUGACGACGGCCACAUUGACAAUAAUAAUGCUUACAGCCCCGCCGGCGAUGCCGAGGGCGCGGAGCGGCUGAGCCUGGCCAGCUUCCUGAUCGUGCGCGCACGCUGCAACCCCGCGCUGGCCAACUACCUGUACUGGUACCUGCUCAUAGAGUGCGAGGACCGCGAGGGGCAGGACCCCGCCGUGCGCGACAUGUACCUCGCCGUCAUGCGCAGCUUCAGCCACCACCUCGCCAAAGGCAAUGCCGACCACCAGCGCACGCGCUCCUUCCUCGCCCGGCAGCAGGUGUUCAUCGACAAGCUCGUCAAGCUAGUCAAGACUGUCACCAGGGAGUCUGGGAACCGAAAUAAAAAGGCCGAGAGACUGCAGCAGCUCCUCGCGGACCCCGACGCUUUCAAGUUCAACUUCACUAACUUCGAACCCAUGCCGUUUCCCUUAGAUCCUAGCGUGACUAUCAAAGGAAUAGUCGCGAAAAAAGCCAGUUUAUUCAAAUCGUCACUGAUGCCUUCCAAACUGACGUUCCUCACCACUGAAGGUGUUGAAUACGAAGCUAUAUUCAAGCACGGAGACGAUCUGAGACAAGACCAACUUAUUCUGCAAAUGAUUACUUUGAUGGACAAGCUGCUUAGAAGGGAAAACUUGGACUUGAAGUUAACCCCAUAUAAAGUACUAGCGACGAGCUCCAAACAUGGUUUCCUUCAGUUCAUAGAAUCUGUAACUGUUGCUGAAGCGCUAGCCACUGAAGGCAGUAUACAGAACUUCUUCAGGAAGUAUAACCCGUGUGAAGGCGCCCCGUACGGUAUCAAACCUGAAACUAUGGAUACCUAUAUCAGAAGUUGCGCUGGAUAUUGCGUCAUCACUUAUUUGUUGGGUGUAGGAGACCGGCACUUGGAUAACCUACUCCUCACAAAACAAGGAGCCUUGUUCCACAUCGACUUCGGCUACAUCCUGGGCCGCGACCCCAAGCCGCUGCCGCCGCCCAUGAAGCUCAGCAAGGAGAUGGUCGAGGCCAUGGGAGGUGUACAUUCAGAGCUGUAUCACGAGUUCCGGAAACAAUGCUACACGGCCUUCCUGCAUUUGAGGAGACACGCCAAUCUGAUGCUGAACCUGUUCUCGCUGAUGGUGGACGCGUCUGUGCCCGACAUCGCGCUGGAGCCUGACAAGGCUGUUAAGAAGGUGCAGGACAAACUGAGACUGGACUUAGGCGACGAGGAAGCGGUGCAUUACCUGCAGAACCUUCUAGAUAUGUCAGUGACAGCUGUCAUGGCGGUGCUCGUCGAACACUUCCACAAGUUCGCGCAGUACUGGCGGAAAUAAAUAUACUACUGUUAUAUUAUAGUCGUAUAAACUCAUUUGUACAUACAUAAGAUCACGCUUGUGUCCCGUUGGGGGUAGGCAGAGGUGUAAAAACGUACACUCCUCGCCAGCUAUGUUUAAUUCCCAUGUAAUAGGGAGCGAUCCUAUUGCCAUUGAUAGACCCCUCCGAUUGGGCAGAAAUUCUGGCAACCACGUGAUAUCAAUUAUCUAUCCAAAAGAUUGAAACUCAAGUCAAAUAGGCUAGUUUCCAACUAGUCACAUCAGUUACUUUUUACCGACUUCAAAAAAGGAGGAGGUUCUCAAUUCGACCGUAUAUAUUUUUUUUUUUUUUUUUUUUUUUUAUGUUUGUUCGGGCAUAUCUUCGUCGUAUAUGAACCGAUUUUGAUAAUUCUUUUUUUGUUUGAAAGGAGAUAUACCCAAGGGGGUCCCAUGUCAAGGAAGUCAGGAUCUGAUGAUGGAAGACCAGAGAAAUCGAGGGGAAUUUUCAAAAAUCGUAGGAGCGACUAGUGCGUUUGUAAAGUCAUAUUGAUCGGAUCGAUCUUUAGGCUUCGGGAAAACUUCCCGACCUUCGAAAACUGGUCAGCAUCAGGGAGAUACCCUAU